AUGAAGACCACCAACGCCGCUGUCCUCGCUGCGGGUAUCUUUUCCCAGUAUGCCGCCGGCCACUCCAUCUUCCAGCAAGCUGGUAGCGGCUCGACCGACUUCGACACCAAGUGCACCCGCCUACCGCCAAACAACAACCCUGUCACCAGUGUCAGCAGCGGCGACAUCGUCUGCAAUGUUGGCGGUGCCUCGGCGAGCGCCUCGGGCAUCUGCGAGGUGAACGCCGGUGACCAGUUCGACGUGGAGAUGCACGCGCAGCUCAACGACCGGUCGUGCUCCAACGAGGCCAUCGGCGGGAACCACUAUGGCCCGAUCAUGGUGUACAUGAGCAAGGUCGACGACGCGUCCUCGGCCAACGGGUCCGGCGACUGGUUCAAGGUCGACGAGUUCGGCUACGACGCCAGCACCAAGACCUGGGGUACCGACUACCUCAACGCCAACUGCGGCAAGCGCGCCUUUAAGAUCCCCAGCAAGAUCCCCGCGGGCGACUACCUGGUUCGUGCUGAGGCCAUCGCCCUGCACACCGCUGGCCAGACCGGCGGCGCUCAGUUCUACAUGAGCUGCUACCAAGUUCGGAUCAACGGCGGCUCUGACGGCCAGCUCCCCGCUGGUGUCAAGUUCCCCGGUGCGUACAGCGCCUCGGACCCCGGCAUUCUCAUCGACAUCUACUCGGCCGACCUCAGCACCUACCAGAUCCCCGGCCCGGCCGUCAUCGACUCAAGCUACUUCUAA